CCUGCCGACUGCCGAAUCUCGACAUUCUUGCAGAAUUUCUAAAAAAUGUUAUGUUGAUUUGCCCAUUUUCUGUGCGAGGAAGAAAAUUCUAGGAAACUUCGCAGAUUGUUCGAAGGUACAAGCAACUACCUAUCUAAUUAUUCAAAUUGCAAACAAAUACGUCGAAGUCGAAAGUGUUCAUAGGAUAUAGGUAGAUAUUCAUCAGCAUUUUCGAGAUGUUGACAGAUUGCCCAUCCCAGUUUGAAAUGAAGGGUGUGAAUAAUAUUCCCAAAUCGUUUCAGAAAUUGAUCAAUGAAAUUCAAAACGUGAAGCAAAAUAAAAAACAAUCCAAGAGCAAGAGUACAUCGCUAGAUGUAAAAACCGUAUCCAAAAAUACCAAAAAUCCAACUACGGUUAAGAAAAAGAGAAAGCCUAAGCAAUCAAAACCCGUAGAAACAGCUUUAGAAGAAAACGAUGAAUCGAAUGUUCCUGAAAAUUUCGUGCAAAUUCCAAAUCAAACCAAUAUCACUGAAUUUUUCAACACUGCGAGAAGCAAUUCAUCGAAUCGUAGGACUAAUAAAAAUCCCGAAAAAGCAAGAAAACAAGAGGUUCCUAAUAUAGACGUUGACAUUUUAUCAUCAGAUAGUGAUGACUUUCUCUAUUCGAAUCAGAACCCUAGGCCUACAACGGACUUCAAAGAGCAAGAUUUUUCAGUGUCCGAAUUUCAAAAUCCUGAUUAUCUCAGUUUCUUAAGCGAUCGAAAUCAAAGUUUUAAUCCUAUUAACGAAGCAGAUAGAUUUGGAAAUGCUACAGAAAGUAACUUGAAAGGUAAAAAAUUGCAUUGUGAUCAAACAAAAGAUACAAACUGGAAGACUUUCAAUGAAAUGAAUGAUGAUAUGGAUUGUGACUUUAUUAUCGAACGUAAGAAGAAUAUCGCACCAAAUAUAUUCUACAGCCAUAACAAAACAAAUGAGAAAAUCCCGUCACGAAUUGGUAAAAACAUCACUAAUAAAUCGGGUUCUUCAAUAAAGAAAAAUUCAGACAGUGAUGUAAUAAGACAACAAAAUGUUUCAAAUGAUGCUGCGAAAAAAUUGAUGAACUUGUUGAGAGAUGAUCGAGAAAAAAUGACAACUUUAUUGAAUCAAGUAAAAUCCAUGAGCGAUUCAGUCACAAAAGCUCGUCAAGGUAUUUCCAAAUUUUUCGUGAAUCGUAAUAACUAAUUUUUUGUUUUUUUUUGAGUUGGGUAUUAAGGUAAUGUACGUUUUAUUUUUUCUCUAAAUACUGAAUUUGUGGUAUGAGUAGCCAAGAUUCUCAUUUUAUUUUCGAAUGUGGUUGAUUUUACUUAUUUAGUGCCUAUAUUAUAUUUUUAAUAAUGUAUACCUACCUACUUAGCAUUCAUGGGUGUACAUGCAGCAGAAACGCAGCCCACCACCCUCCGAUGCUCUUUGCGCUGCAUUGUUUGAGCUUUCGUUUAAGUUUUUGUUAGUUGUACCCUAUCCCAGGUAUAAAUAAAUUUGUUUUCUCCGUA